AUGUUUUAUUGUCAACCCUACAAUGAGACAAACGUCUCUAAAUUCUCAAAGUUGAUUGACGAUAUGGAGAAUAUUGAUAUUUGCCAUUCCUAUGACAUCGACGAGCCAAUGCUCAUUUGUCAGUUAAGAAUAAAUCAAAAUUCAAUCAAAUUCAAGACAUAUAUUAGCAGAGAUGUGAUUUCAUCUGAGGCUGAACAGGAAGAACUGCAUGAAAAUAAGAUACUUCUCACAACAGAACAACAUAUCGUUCAGUUUUUGAAUACUUGCUUCCUCCCUUAUGAUCCCAAUAAUGAAUCGAAAAGUCUAGCAAUCGGUGAUAUAUUUUCAGUACUAUGA